AUGCCGCGGCGGGAGUUCCAGGCCGACCUCGCCAACGCUGCAGAGGGCGUCGCGAUUGCGGGCAUCUCGGACGUGCAGACGGGAGGCGAUGACGGCGAAUUCACCUUCAUUUGCAUUGCAGACGGGCAGCAGCUGAAGAUUUCGGUCCUUGUCCCAGAGCUCUCUGACUAUCCUUCACGCCACACGUGCAUGAUUUACGGCGCCGACAAUGCCUCUGCUAGUGUAGCUGCUGCUCUCAACGACAUUACUGACACAGUCACCGGCAAGACGAUUGCACAGAUUCUAGAACUCGUGUCCAGCAGGCUGAAGUCUACCGACCGUGAUGGCGACCAGCAAAUGCUAGAUUCACAGGAGUUUGACGACGAGGACAAUGAAGAGGACAACGAGGUAGACGACGACGAGACUGAGGACGAGGACGAGUACUUCCCAGGCGAUGACGACUUGCACACGGGGCAUAGAAUUGCGGACAACCCUUCUUUAGCACAAGGCGGGGGCUACACAGAGGCUACGUCAGCCUUUCGGCAGCGCAUUCGCAGUGAUCUUUUGAUGGCGAAGAAUGAGGGUUUCAAAGUCGGCCACCAAGGAGGUCUCAUGGACGGCCUAGGAUGCUAUGUCAGCCUCGCAGUCCGCAUCUCCAAACUGGGCAUUUCAGAAGAAGCUAUGCAAGCCUGGCAACUCGAGCCAACAGAGUAUCUGGUCACCAUCUUCCACUAUCCGAGCGGUUACAAGAGCAUGGACAACCUCAAGUCGUAUGAUACAGUUUCGGCUCGACGCAAUUUCGCUGUUCGCGUUGGUAUAUCUACCAAUUACAAACCCACCAUACAGGAGGCGAUACAGGCCUUCACCGUACUCAGCAGGGAAGAAGAGAAGCGCCGGGAAGAUUCACAGCAAACCGAUUCGCAGGAUGUUUCUGCACUGCCCAAAGGCUUUCGGAACUCGUUCAUCUCACGGCCUUUGAACGAUUUAUUGGAGCAGCGCUUUCACAUGCUACUCAAAUACCGCUAUGGCGGAAUGCCAUGGUGGGGUGCCGAAUCCUUCUACAAUGAUCGAGUCCUCCAUACAUCACACACAAAUGCAGAUGCCUCGAACGACCAGUACUACAAGGACGAGCAGGUCAGCACUGCAUGGCCCAAAAUGGUUACAGGCGAUCAUAUCCAAUCCUCUAUUAGCGAGGAGCACUCUCUUCCACUGGUGGGGAUGCAAUUCGUUCUGCGACACUUUGUUCGAUGCACUGAAUUCUGUCUCAUUUGCUUCAGCAAGAUGCCAGACGAUCUUCAAGCGAUCAAACCGUACGUCUGCGAUAAUCCGCUGUGCCUGUACCAGUACAUGUCCCUUGGAUUCGGCCCUAGUAUCGAGCACGAGAUCCUUUCUCAGCCUAAGGUUGUCGAUCUUCUCGUCAGCUUCUGCCAUAGCAGCGCCCAUUUGGGGAGGUUGAAGGACUUCCCCACUGGUCUCAGCCUGGCGGUUCCGCCUGCCACAUCGAAUGAGAAGGACUUCUUACGACUCCCACAAAUUAUCGAUUACAUCCACUCUCGUCAGCCUGUACAACAGCCUGUGGCACCUCCCACUAGUGAACCAAAUCAAAUCGCGCUAAGCAUGAGGUACAACAUGGACACCAGAGAAAUGCUAUUCGACGACAGACUGAAAGCUUGCCCCGUCAUGACCGGGAACUGGGUUGUCAUCCGAACAGAUGACGACCCAAGCAAAGCUUUGCACUGCCGUGUAGUAGAUGCAUCGCUCUAUCCGUCGGUGAGAGUGUCAGAUCCCAUAAUUCCGGAGACUGUACAAGACCAAGUCAAUCCUUAUUCGACCUCGCGUGCAACCCAACUGCAGCAAGCUCUGGACACCCAAAACAUCCAAAAGGGCAAGCCGCGUACAAGCGAAUUCCGCUCAGCCAGUUUCUACAUCUACAACCAGAACUUCGAUGCCUUGUCGGACCCGGAGAAGAGACAAGCCCUCGUCGUACUCAUGAAUCUACUUCCUUCCGUUCAAGAGAUGAAGAAGUACCUUCUUCGCAAAACACUGUCUCCGCUAAGCGCAUGGGUCGACCGGCUUUCUCCUGCCACUCUUGGGAUAUUGCGCUGGAUUAUUGCUUCAAACCGAGCGUGCAUCCUACAGGUUGAUAACGAUGAGGAUAUUGCAAACGGUCGUAAGGUCGAAGAGCGUCUAUAUGGCAUGGCAGGAUGGGCUCAGUUUAGGUUCGCGAUGGGUGCCCCUGAUAAGGAGCGUCGGUUCAUACAGGCUGUACGAGAAACAACCAAUAGGCUCCGUCUCAAGUAUCCGACCUUGUUCGCGUGGCAUGGCAGCCCUAUCCAGAACUGGCAUAGUAUCAUUCGUGAGGGCCUACACUUCAACGAUACCCUCCACGGCCGUGCAUAUGGUAAUGGCGUCUAUCAUGCCCCUGACGUCAGUACUAGCUUGGGCUAUUCGAAUUAUAACUUUAGCACCUUUUCCUGGCCAAAGAGCGAGCUCCAAGUGCAGCAAGCCUUGGCUCUCAACGAAAUCGUCAAUGCACCCAAAGAGUUCGUGAGCCAGGCGCCGCAUCUUGUGGUUGCUCAACUCGACUGGAUUCAGACUCGCUAUCUCUUUGUAAAGACUAAGACUGAUAGCUCAACUACGGCUACCACGGCUACUACGAAUCUAGACGCGGGCACCAAACCACUCGAGUGCGUUGAACAGGACCCCUCCAGGACUCCUAACGGCGUCAAUGGCGCGCUCGUGAUUCCCAUUCAUGCCAUUGCGGCCUCCCGCCGACCAAAGCCAAAAAUGACGACGAAGUAUAAACGCCAGAAAGCGUCAGGGAUGACCCAAUACGAUCCCAUCGAAGUCGACGACGAUGACGAAGCAGCAAGCAUUGCCACCCUCGACGAGGAUCGAGCCAUUUUCGAGACGGAUGAAGAUUAUAAACCAGAGCAGGCUGUCGAGUCACUCCCCACGCCAAACUCGAUCAGGGACGAUAAAGGCAAAUCCAAGCUGGGAAGUCUCGCUUCUUCAUUUGGCUCAAUCUUUAGUUCGAAACUGCCAUCAGCAUCUAAGCCUCUCACCGACUAUGUUCCGGGGACUCUUGAUUACGACACGCUGCCUAUGCUGCAGAUGCCUGCUUGGGCUACUACAUCUGCUACUAGGCGCUUGAUGAAAGACUUCAAGGAGGUCAUCCAGAUUCAGAAGAAGGAACCUCCACAUGAACUUGGUUGGCACAUCGACGAGGAAAAGAUCGAGAACAUCUACCAGUGGAUUGUAGAGCUGCAUUCUUUUGACCCCACCCUACCUUUGGCGCAGGAUAUGAAGAAGAAGAACAUCAAAAGCAUCAUUCUUGAACUUCGCUUCGGCAAAGACUACCCCAUGAGCCCGCCUUUCGUUCGCGUUAUUCGCCCACGCUUCUUGACCUUCCUUCAAGGUGGCGGUGGUCACGUCACUGCUGGAGGCGCUAUGUGCAUGCAGCUGCUUACAAAUGACGGCUGGAGCGCGGUGUCCUCCAUUGAAUCUGUUCUACUUCAGGUUCGGAUGGCCAUGUCGUCCCUUGAUCCCAAGGCGGCACGCCUACAGUCGGGCGGUCCCAUGGAUUAUGGCGUUGGUGAGGCGGUCGAAGCGUAUAUCCGUGCCUGCAACAUGCACAACUGGACAGUCCCGGCAGGAUUCAAGGAGAUGGUAUAUGGUGGGUCGGGAAACGCGAGCAGCACGUAG